CAUUAGUGUGGUAAACACGGCUGUAAAAGCAAGUUUGUUGAAAAUGGUCACUGGACGAGCGCUUCAUUUUGUAUUUAAAAUACCAGAUAGAAAAUUAACUUGCAAAUUUUAUCGAGAAAUUCUUGGGAUGAAGGUGUUACGACACGAGGAAUUUUCCGAAGGUUGUGAAGCAGCCUGUAAUGGACCAUAUGCAAAUAGAUGGAGUAAAACCAUGAUAGGAUAUGGAACAGAAGAUACUCACUUUGUGAUAGAAUUAACUUAUAAUUAUGGGAUCAAAGAAUACAAAGUGGGAAAUGAUUUUGGUGGUAUUACAAUUCGGUCUAGAGAAGCACUUCAAAGAGCACGAGCUGAUGGAUGGCCACUGCAAGAAGAAAAUGGAAAGUUUGUUUUACAAGCACCUGGCGGUUAUAAGUAUUAUAUUAUUGAUGAACCUCAACCUGUAAAUAAAGAUCCUGUAGAAAAAAUAACGUUGUCUAGUUCAAAUAUUCAAAAAUCUAUUGCCUAUUGGAAGGAUAUCUUAGAAUUAAAAGUAUUUGAUCAAUCUGAGAAGAGUGUACUAUUAGGAUACAAUGAAGAUCAAACAAAGAUCGAAUUUAAAGACAUUGGUUCUGAAAUUGAUCAUGCUACAGCUUAUGGACGUAUAGCAUUCUCAAUUCCUCAUACAGAACAACCGGAAAUUCAAAAGAAAAUAAAAAAUAGUGGGCAUAAAAUAUUGACCGAUUUAAUCACUUUAGAUACUCCAGGAAAAGCUUCUGUGAGGGUCAUUAUUCUUGCUGAUCCAGAUGGUCAUGAGAUUUGCUUUGUAGAUGAUGAAGCAUAUCGCCAAUUAUCAGUUCCAGAUUAUCCCAGUGAAGCAAUUUUGGAUAGAUAUAUUAAAAAAGAAGGAUAAAUCAUUAAACAUUGAUGUUUUUAAAAGGCAAUAUUUUAUCUCAGUAUUACUUUAA